AUGGCCAGCCUGCGGAGCCCCUCACUGCCCCUGUUGGCUUCUCUAGCCCUGACAUUCAUCCUAGCUGUGGGCCCUGUAACCAGUACUAAUGCUGAAGAUGAGCAGGUGGCGGUGGGUAGAGUGGAGCCAGCUGACCCGAAUGAUAAGGAGGUGCAGAAAGCAGUGAAAUUUGCUGUCAAAACCUACAAUGACAUGAACAAUGACCUGUACAUUAGCAGGCCAAUACGGGUGAUGAGCGCCAGUCAGCAGGUUGUGGCUGGGAAGAACUUCUACCUGAAAAUAGAGUUAGGCCGAACCACAUGUUCCAAAAGCCAGUCUGAUUUGAGUGACUGUCCCUUCUAUGAACAGCCAGAUCAGCAGAUGAGAGUUAUCUGCAAUUUCCAGAUCUACAGUGUGUCCUGGGAGAACAAGAUGUCCGUAACAAACUUUAAUUGUCCCAGAGCCUGA